ACCCCAGGCCCAAGCCAUUAAAAUUUUGUUUUAUUUUUUUGACCGUUGACUGUACAUACUAUCCUCCAUUACUUUUAUUUGUAAUUUUUUUUAAUAAUCCCAUACCCAUGUGGCACAUCUUGCAUCAUAAACUUAAAGACUUUUACCAUUCAGACUUGGAGUUGACUCAGACUUUGCCUUGCCAGGUAUCUUCGAUCACUUUCUUUCAAAGCCAUCUGAAAUUUCUUAAAAAAAAAGAAAAAAAAAGAAAACCAACUAUUGAGAUUAGUGUUUCCUGCUGCGAAGGAAGAAAUCUAGAAAUGGCAGAAGGCUUCCUGUUCAAUUUUGCUGAACGAAUCUUGGUGGGUCUGGCAUCAUUGGCUCACCAAGAACUUGGUUUGCCCUGGCGUGUCAAAGCAGAAAUCACCAAGCUCAAAGACACUUGUUCCUUGAUCAAAGGUGUGCUUCGUGAUGCUGAGGAGAAACAAAGAAACCACAACCAUGAAGUGACGGUCUGGCUCGGACAGCUCAAAGAUGUGCUUUACGACGUGGAUGACUUGCUCGACGAUUUUUCCACUGAAGCUUUGCGGCGACAGAUACUGAGGCGGAAUGAAAUGGUUAAAAAGGUACGCGUUUUCUUCUCCAAAUCAAACCAGCUUGCAUAUAGUCUCAAGAUGGGUCAUAGAGUUAGUGCCAUUAGAAAGAGGCUAGAUAAAAUUGCAGCUGAUAGAACCAAAUUUCACUUUACCGACAGCCCGGUAGAGUCACUGCUUGAAGUUAAGGAGAGGGAUCAAACUUAUUCCUUUGUGCGUGAAGAAGAAAUAAUUGGAAGAGAUGAUGAUAAAAAGAAAAUUGUAAAACUGUUGCUACAAUCCGAACUCGAAGAAAAUGUUUCAGUUGUUCCCAUAAUAGGGAUUGGAGGAUUAGGAAAGACUACAUUAGCUAAAAUGGUGUUCAACGAUAAAAAUGUUGGAGAACAUUUCCAGCUAAAAUUGUGGGUUUGUGUCUCAGAGAAGUUUGAGCUAAAACUCAUUGUGGAAAAAAUCAUUGAGGCUGCAACUGGAAGCAAACCUGAAAGGGACCUCCAGAUGGAAACACUGCAAAAUAUUCUUCGAGACAACAUUAAUGGAAAGAAGUACUUGCUAGUCCUAGAUGAUGUAUGGAAUGAGGUCCGUGAAAAGUGGCUCAAUUUGAGAAAUUUGCUAUUAGGUGGUGCAAGGGGAAGUUGGAUUGUUAUCACUACUCGUAGUGGGCUGGUUGCAGAAAUCACAAGCACAGUUUUACCACAUGAGCUUGAAGGAUUGUCAAAAAGCCAAUCAUGGUCACUACUGAAGCAAAUGGCAUUUAAAGAACAAAGCCACGAAUCUAAUGGUUCACACUUUGAAGCAAUUGGAAUGGAGAUUGUAGAGAAGUGUAAAGGGGUCCCUCUUGCCUUAAGGGCGAUAGGAAGUGUACUAUUUACAAGAACAGAAGCUGAAUGGGUAAAGGUGAAGAAUAAUAUAGUUAAGUAUAUAACUCAACAAGAAAGUGGUAUUAUGCCAGUUUUAAAGUUGAGUUAUGAUCAUCUUCCACCACAUUUGAGGCAAUGUUUUGCUUAUUGCUCUUUAAUUCUGAAGGACACUGAGUUUUGGGUUGAGGAUUUGAUCAUGUAUUGGAUGGCCCAAGGGUUUAUCCAGCCACUAAGUGGAGACCAAGAUCUAGAAGAUGUUGGGCAUGAGUAUUUCAUGGAUUUGCUUUGGAAAUCUUUUUUUCAGGUUGCAGAAGAAGAUGAUUCGGGAAAUGUGAAGAGAUUCACAAUGCACGAUCUAAUGCAUGAUCUUGCAUGCUCUGUUGCUGGGACUGAGUACUGCAUUGCAAGUCUAGAAGCAGAAAAUGCAGAUGAAAGAACUCGCCAUGUGUUAUUUGAAGAUGAAUUAGAUGCUUCUUGGAAAAUUCUAAGCACUUUGCACAAAGCAAAGAAACUAAGGACAAUAUUUCUUCCGGAUGGCAGCUUGAAUCAAUCCAUUUGCAAUGCACUUAUUUCUAAUUUUAGGUACCUACGCUCUUUGAAUUUGAGUUUCUCAGGUAUUGAGAGGUUACCGCAUUCCAUAGGCAAAUUGAAACAUUUAAGGGGUCUUUAUCUUAUUGGAAAUGAAAAUCUUAAAAAACUGCCUAGUUCUUUGUGUAGGCUACAGAAUUUGCAAACAUUACGUCUUUCUGGUUGCUCGGAUCUUGAAAAUUGCCGAGGAAACAAGAAGAGAGGCAAGGGUGUUGGUGAGUUAAGGGAAUUGAAUGGACUGAACAACCUCAAAGGAAAAAUACGUAUUUCUUCUUUAAAAAAUGCUAUUCCAGAGCCUGGGUCUUCUUACUUGAAAGAAAAAUUGAAUUUGAAACACUUGAAAUUGAGCUGGAGAAAUGAGGAGAAUGAUGAUGAUGAUGAGGAGGAGGAGGAGGAUGAUGCAAGUAAUGAGAAGUCUGAAUUGGUUUUUGAAGGCCUCGAGCCACACCAAAUCUAG